GUAUGUCUUUCUUCCGCGAGCCAGAUGCCGAAACAUUUCGUCGUGAAUGGUGGAAAGGAUAUUUUGCCGAAGUACGAGCACUGUGGUGUAGCGGUGGGUACUCGGUCGAACGGCAUUCGGCAUUCCGUAGCGGACGUGGACGGAUUUUGGCACGGAGUCACAGCUCGACGACCACUAACCUGUGUACAUAAUCAUUGCUGUCUUGCCGGGCAAUGGGUUUGCCUUCGACAACAUUCUGUUCCGAGCGCUCGUUCUAUGCAGAGAGACCGGGACAAAGCCGCGCAAUUAUCCCCAGUGAACUCCUUUGAGCAAAUGUGUCUCAUCUUCACGAACGAGAAGCUGCAGCAGCUUUUCAACCAUACCAUGUUCAUUCUGGAACAGGAAGAGUACCGUUUGGAGGGUAUUGACAGGAACUUCAUUGACUUUGGAUUGGAUCUGCAGCCUUGCAUUGAUCUCAUUGAGAAGCCAAUGGGAGUGCUAUCUCUGCUGGACGAGGAAUGCUGGUUCCCCAAAGCCACUGACAGGACGUUUGUCGAGAAGCUUCUACAGAAGCAGAAGAAGCACGACAAGAUGUCCAAGCCAGAUUUCCGCAAUAAGGCUGACUUCACCGUGAAUCAUUAUGCUGGCAAAGUGCAAUACGUGGCUGAGAGCUGGCUGACCAAGAACAUGGAUCCACUCAAUGACAAUAUCGUGUCCCUACUGCAGAACUGUGCUGAUCCAUUCUGUGCCAACCUAUGGAAGGACACCUGUAAGUUGCUGAUACUCGAGCUUGGGAUGCUUUCACUGGUGAUGAUACUGCUAUUGGUGAUAAUGCUGUCUAGCUGCAUGUCUUGUAUCGUCAAUGGCAUGCUAUGCACUGUCGGACAGCUCUACAAGGAACAACUCCAGCGCCUAAUGGAGACACUUCGAAACACCAAUCCUGACUUUGUGCGCUGUAUCAUUCCCAAUCACGAGAAGAAGUCCGGCAAGAUCGUGCCGCCGUUGAUCCUGGAGCAGCUGCGAUGCAACGGAGUGCUGGAGGGCAUACGUAUCUGCCGCCAGGGCUUCCCUAGUCGUGUCCCGUUCCAGGAGUUCCGUUAGAGUUACGAGCAGCUGCUCACGGCCAACCUGAUACGGAAGGGCUUGAUGGAGGGACGGCGGUCGGCUGUGAUGAUGCUGGAAGCACUGGAGCUGCACGAGGAUCAGUACCGCGUGGGUAACAGCAAGGUGUUCUUCCGCGCCGGUGUGCUAGCCAAGCUGGAGGAGGACAGGGAAAACAAGCUUAGUACCAUCCUCACUGCCAUGCAGGCACGCAUCAGAGGAACUCUCAGCCGCAUUAACUAUCAGAAGUUAGUACAGCAGAGUAAGGCUAUUCACGUUGUGCAGAGGAACUGCAGAGCCUACCUCAUUCUGCGUCGCUGGCCAUGGUGGAGACUGUACACUAAGGUGAAGCCAUUGCUGAAUGUGACUCGUCAGGACGACGAGCUCCGCGCCAUCGAGGUCGAGCUGAAGACGGUCAAUGACAAACUGGCCCGGAGCGACCGUGACGUGGACAGUCUGCGUAACCUAGUGGAUACACUGACAAUGGAGAAGAGCAAACUCAAUGAACAACUCACCUCUGAACAGGACAUGCUUAACGAAGCUGAAGAGGCACGCUCAGAGUUGCUGCAGCGCUGCAGCAAGCUGGAAGAGGCACUUCACGACACGGAAAUGCGUCUGGACGAGGAAGAGGACCGCAGCAAGGACCUGUCUGCAGAGCAGAAGAAGCUGCAGGAGAAGAUCACCGUCAUGGAAGAACAGCUGGCAGAAGAGUCCGGAAAGGCUCAGAAGCUAGUGUUGGCGAAUGUUGCACUAGAAGCUAAGGUCAAGGGCCUUGAUGAGAUGACUGAACGCCAGGAAGACCAACUAAAUAAGCUUCAAAAGGAGCGUAAGCAACUAGAAGAGCGUGUCAAGGAGACCACACAGGCGUUGGAUGACGAGAGUGAUCGCGUCAAGACCCUGGCCAAGUCCAAGGCUAAGAAUGAGACCAUGAUUGCUGACCUGGAGAGUCGCCUGGGCACCGAAGAAAAGAACCGCAAGGAGUUGGAGAAGCAGAAGAAGAAGUUGGAUGCUGAAGCACGUGAGCUGCAAGAGAAGCUGUUUGCAGCGCUGAUGAAGAUCCAAGAACUGGAGUCCACCGUUGCUCGCCUUGAAGGAGAGCUAUCCUCCACAAACCAGCGGCUUGAAGAGGAGAGUGCCGCCAAGGCGCAGCUGGAAAAGAAGCGUCGUGAGCUAGAAGGUGAGAUCGCCGACUUGAACGAAGAUUUGGACAUGGAACGUUCCGCCAGGGGAGACGCUGAGAAGAAGAGCAAGCAGCUGGAAUCGGAACUGGAGAAUCUUCGGAAUGAGCUUGAGGAGCAAGUGAGUGGCACGGUAGCUAUGGAGGAAGUGCGUCGCAAGCGUGAAGGAGAGGUAGCCAGUCUGAAACUGCAGGUGACGGAAGGCACUCGUAUGCACGAUGCCGCAUUGUCCGAGCUCAAGGAGAAGCUCAACUCUCAGAUCCAGCGUCUGCAGGAGGAGGCUGAUCAGCUGAGUCGAGCCAAUUCCAACCUGGAGAAGGAGAAGAAUCGCCUGGUGCAUGAGAACCGUGACCUGGUGUCCGAGCUGGAGAGCGAGAAGGCGGCUCGCAUUGAGUCCGACCGUCGUCGUCGUAACCUGGAACAGGCUAACAUGGAGUUGUCCAACGUCAACAGUGAGAAGAACAGGAAACUGGACGAGCUCACUGCCACAAAGACCAAACUUCAGUCUGACCUUGAAGGUAGCAAUGCUCACUUGGUGGAUCUGGAGUCUAAGGUGUCUAGCCUGGAGCGCGGCAAGCAUGCGCUGGAAUCCCAGCUCAAUGAGCUCAGGGAGUCAACGAUGGAAGAUGCAGCUAGUCUCUCUGCUGUCACACACAAGCUAAAGGCCUCACAGGCUGAAGUAGUAACUCUCAAUGAUCAGCUGGAGGAGGAGCAAAAUGCCCGCGAAGAGAUGCAGAAGCAGUUGAGCAAUGCCAACACUCAGCUUGCUGAUACACGUCGGGAUCGUGACCAACUAUCCCUGGACAACGAGGAGCUGGAGAACUACCGCAAGAAGUCGCAGAGAGAAAUGGAGUCUCUGCAGACGCAGCAGGACGAACUGGCCAACGUCAACGCCAAGCUGGAGAAGACCAAGAAACGACUAACGGAAGAAGUUGCCGACCUCAGUGUGAACUUUGAAGCCCAGGCAGCCCGCGCCGCAGAGCUGGAGAAGAAACAGCGCAAGUUUGACCAGACGCUGACGGAUGAGCGGGCCAGAACGGAAGAGACUUGUGAGCAGAGGGACGCCGCGCUGCGUGAGUCCAGAGAAUAUGCUACAAAGAACAUGGCAUUAACACAGGACGUGGAGAUGUUGACCAAUAAGCUGGCUGAGUCUGAGCGCUCACGCAAGUCACUGCUUGCUGAGCUCAAUGAUCAACUGGAGAACAAGGAUGACACUGGUAAAUUACUUCAUGAACUGGAGAAGGCCAAGCGUAACUUGGAAGCACAGCUUGAUGACCAGACGAUGCAACUGGAGGAGCUAGAGGAUGAGCUCCAGAGUGUGGAGGAUGCUAAGCUCAGACUGGAGGUCAACUUCCAGGCCACCAAGACCAACUGGGAGCGUGAGAUGGCGUCUAAAGAUGAAGUUGUGGAGGAGCAGCGCCGUGGAAUGCAGAAGCAGCUGCGUGAACUUGAGUCGGACUUGGAGGACGAACGUCGCAAUCGAUCAUCUGCUGUCGCCGCCAAGAAGAAGCUGGAAGGCGAGAUGAGAGAACUGGAGAAUGACAAGCUGCAGUUGGAAAAGGGCAAGGAGGAUGCAUCCAAACAAGUUAGACGACUUCAGGCUCAAAUGAAGGAGGUCUAUCACGAGCUGGAGGAGUCCCGUACCGGCCGCGAUGCAGCACUGCAGCUGUCCCGUGAAGCCGAGAAGAAACUCAAGGUUCUAGAGCCGGAUGUCACACGCCUUACUGAGGAACUGAUGUCGGCCGAUAGAGCCCGACGUAACGCCGAGGCAGAGCGUGAUGAGCUGUACGACGAGGCACGCGGUAACAGUCCACGCCUGCAGUCGCUGAGCGAGGAGAAGAGAAAGCUAGAGCAGGCUAUUGUGCAACUGGAGGAAGAUUUGGAGGAAGAACAAGCCAACACAGAAAUGUACAUGGAGAAGUCCAGGAAGUCACAGUCUCUGCUUGAAUCGACCCAAGUUGAGAUGAGCGCACUCAAGGAGGAGGUUGCCACGCUGAAGCACAGUAACGCAACUCUGGACAGACAGACCAAGGAUCUCAAGUCGAAAUUGGAAUCUGCGGAGAAUGAGCGUGGCUCACGUCUGAAGGGUCAAGUGCGCUCACUAGAGAUGAAGAUCUCCACACUGGAGGAGCAGAUAGAAGUAGAAUCGUGCGAAAAGCAUAGCCUGCAGAAGACUAACCGGCGCUUGGAUCGCAAGAACAAGGACCUGAUUGGUCAGGUGGAGGAGGAGCGUCGACGUGGCGAUCAGCUUCAUGAGCACAAUGACAAGUUGUCACUUCGAAUGAAGGCACUCAAGCGUCAGUUGGAUGAAGCGGAGGAAGAGGCGUCGCGCCUGACGCAGUCGCGUCGGAAGCUGCAGCGGGAGCUCGACGAGGCCACCGAGACGUUCAACUCUGUGCAGUCUGAGCUGACACAGUUACAGAGGGGUGUCCGUACCGGCAUGCCCCGCAGCUACUCAGCCAGGAAGCGCAAGUCAGAGCAGGUCGGGGAAUCCGAUGAUCUCGGCGACGACUGAGUGAAUUCUUGACAUCGCUCCGAGUAAUGAUUUUACUACUUGACCCGUGGUUUCUGAGCUAGUACUGUGAGUUGCUCUGAGCAGUGUGCAAUCGGUGUAGACCUGAUGCUGAGGGUGAUGUGAGAGGUUAGAGUCAGUUCCUCUGCUUGCCUGCUUGCCCGCUGGUCAGUGAGAAAGGUGGGCUCUGUGCAGGGUUGCUGAGUGCCGUGCAACUCAUGCCUACGUCUUCGUCGUGAAGGAUGGCCAGUGGCAGGGAUCCAUGUGUGUGUGUGUGUGUGUGUGUGUGUGUGCGUGCGCCAUUUUUGAGAGUAGAGAAUUUGCAGCAUCUACGUGCCGGCCGGUGAUCGGUUAGAAACAAACGUUGGGCCAUAAUCAACCGUGAUAUCACAAUACUCCUCCCCCCCCCCCCCCCCACCACCACUCCCCAAGCUGUGUGUCCUGUCCUAUGAUGCUUAUCUAUGUACCAUGGCACGGCACCCCCCCCCCCCUCCCUCCCCGCCAUGCACUGCUGUUGCGGAGCGGUCUGCCCUUCGCAUUUCUCAUCACGCCCUGCCGUAUGCUUGUUGGUUGAGAUGAGCGCCGAGAGUUGCAAUGCUUCAGCUUUCCUUCAUCCUGUCGUCUCAUUUUGACACUAGGACUCUUUUCUGUACUUCUUUACUUCUGCAGUUCUUGUUUUUUUUUGUUUUUUUUGCGCUUGCCAGCUGUUUUUAAUUUAUUUUAUCGCCUUGAGUAUGUCUAGCAUCGGCCCCCGGUGCGUUUUCAGUCUCUUUGCUUCUAUCAGCGUGUGUGUGUGUGUUUGUGCGCGCGCACGCGUGUGCUUCUGUAAGUGUUCUAAAACUUUUGAAAGGUUUUUCAUUGUGCUACUACAGUGGUUCAAGCAGGUCGAUGCGUGCGCCCUUUGCCAACCUGUGCUGUAGCAGACUGCAUGUUCUCACAGCUAUGCACACUCGCGUACCCGCACACCUGGCAAAAGUAUUCUACCCUGCACUGCCCUUGCCCGCUUUAGCUUUUUAUCUGUUUUUUAAAAUUCCUUUCCCUUCCUCUUUUUCGUUUUUACAGAAUAUUUGCUGCAGUGUUUUCUUGUUCCUGCUCUCUCCUGGUUGUACCUUUUCUUUGGUGAUAAUUAUUUGUUUUCUUGUGUCCCGAUCGCAGACGGAGCCAUGUAAAGUGUGAGCAGCAGAAGAGUGACAAUGCCUCUGAGUUCACUUGUGACGUUGUCGCGGGCAGCCCCAACGCUCCAUGUAGAUCAAAACUUUUUUCUUAUUUUGUUUUACUGCCGUGGUUACCGUGUAAAGUAGGUUUUCCUGAAUUUCAGUGCUGUUGUUGGCUAGUUGUGAGUGAGAGGACCUAUAGGAUGUGCUAUUUCAAGUGCUUGUUGUGUCGCGCUUUUACCUGUUCUUCUUCCGUACAUUUGUAUCAGUUUUUUGUUGUUGUUGUUGUUGUAAAUCUAAGGCCCUUGG